GUAUGCCCGCUAUGCGAAACGUUCCGAGCGUCCCGUGCAGCAGGCGGCUGCACGCGACGCUCGGAACGCUUUCACUGUGCAUCCUCUAUCGUUAACUCACCAUGUUCGCCACUGCCGGUGAAGACGUCCAGCUCUGGUGCUCUUCGACGGUUCAGCCGUGCCUGCGUUUCGACGUUGACGAGUCGCGGGUUCGGACGGUUACGUGCGUCUCCUGGUCUGCUGACGGAAGACGCUUGGCCUCAAUCUCGCAGUACUGCGACUUCGUCAACGUCACAGAGUUCACGGGAACCGAGCACGCACACACGCGUGUGAAGGUUGAGGGUCCCUGCUACUGCUGUGCAUUCAGCCCCAACGACAGCAGCAGCAGCCUGUGCGUCGGUCUUGUGGAAGGCGGCGUGCAGCUUCUUAGGAACGGAAAGACGUACUACUCGUACAAGCCGCACAAGGAAAAAGUGACGUGCGUGUCGUACAACAACAAUGGCAGCUUUGUGGCGAGCGGUGCGUAUGACGGCAGCGUGGCCCUGCUCUCUGUGGACACCAAGGUUUUCAGGGAUCUCAGUGCACCAACCGGAAAGGCUGUGGUUGGGCUGCAGUGGUCAAACCACAAUAGGUUCAAGCUGGUGACCACUUCGAUGGACGGCUACCUGUGCAUCUGGGACAGCAGUGCGAGGUGCCUGAGGAGCAAGCAUGCCGUGCACCCUACGCAAGGUUCAAGCUGCCUGUCGCUUUCGGCAGUCAACGAGUCACUGGCUGUCACGGCUGGUCACGACCGUCACCUAGUCCUCUUUGACAUGCUCACCACCAGCGAGCUGGCAAGUGUGGAGACACCGGAGACCUUUGAGUCGGUGGCGUUCCUGCCCGACGGCCACCGUCUGCUGGCUGGAGGCACGUCGGGGCGUCUGUACCUGUACGACCUACGUAACACACGACAGAUGCCACCCAGCACCUUUGACGCCCACUCAAGGCCCCUUCUGUCCAUAGCCACCAUGCAGAGCCCAGAGACAGAGAUGCAGAUGAUGACAUUUGUGAAUGCCUGUGCUGUCAGCAUGAAGGAAGCAGCCUCCACUCCUCGUCAGCCUCAGUGCGACACAAGUCUUCCCAUCCGGUUUUCCUUGGGCCCUGAUGUACAAGCUGCCGGAGAUCUCGUGAAGACUUCAACGCCCGACACUGCCACGGUAUGGGCGAGAACCAAGGACUUUGGCAGGGCACUCCUAUCGCCUAAUGAAGUCUUCAAGGAGGCGCACCAAUCUAGUAUUCUGGAUAGGUCGUGGACUUCUCCGGACAGCUCUGCCAUUGGUCGCCAUGGUAGAAUUUUUCGCCUGAGUGACUACAUGCCAGUGCUGAGUGACUCCGUUCUAGCCUCUGCAAGUUGUGCCUCUCCGUUGAAGGUUGUUGAAGAGGUAGAAGAGGAAGUGGCAGUUGAAGAGGAGAGCCAAGCACCAGCUGCACUUCUGGAGUCACACCACAUAAACGGCAUCGAGGGCUCCACACAGCAUGCUUCUGCAUCAAGUAACUCUGUGCCAUCAACACCCAAAGAAUGUUCAAAAGACCAACAUGUUGAGGGGGCAGCAGCGAUGGAUGCGGAGAGGCUGCUGGAUGAUAGUGCCCAGGCAGAGCGUGUGCAUCACCUAGAGAACAUGCUGUUGGAGCAGACACGCUACCUCGACCACCAGUUUCGCCGCAUCGACCGGAACAUGAUUCACAUGCACGUGCAGUUGACCAUGAUGCAGCACUCGUGCAUGAGGGACAUCCAAGCCAUGCUUCAGCAGGUAUUCGACGAAGUGGCAUUGCUGCGAGAUGAGAUCGCAGAACUACGUGGCGAUGCUUAGUGACUGACUGGGUGCCUCGUGAAUAGAUUCUUAACUUUUUAGUUUUUUAGAUAUUUUACUUCUAUUAAAGAUGUUUUGUGAAUAGAUACUUAACUUUGUAGUUGUUUAGAUUUUUUACUUUUAUUAAAGAUGUUUUUGAAGAUGUC